AUGAAAAUGAGAUAUCCUGCCUAUAACUAUCAAGAUGAUUUUAUAUCGAAAAUAAAUAAAAUAAUCAAUGUUAUCAAUCUAAAUAAUAUCAAAAAAGAAGAAAAAGAAAUUAAAAACAAAAAUAAAAAUAAAAAUAAAAAUAAAAAUAAAAAUAAAAAAAAUAAAAUUAAUAAUAAUAAUAAUAAUAAUAACAGUUAUAAUGAAUAUUGUAAUAAUAAUUGUAAAGUUAAUAAUAAUAAAACUUGUUACGAAAAUAGUGUAAAUAACAAUAGCAAUAUUGAUAUAUCAAGAGAUUCACCAAACUCAUUAAAAUAUAUGGAACAUAAUUUAUUUAAAGAGCCAGAAGAUUGGGAAGUUAAUUUAAAAUGUUUAUAUAGAUUACAAUGGAGAAAACAAAUGACACAAUGUUUUAAAAGAUACAAAUCAAAAGCUCGACAAAAGGUUACGAAUGACCAUUUUAACAUUUAA